AUGGAGAGCCUUUCCGGCGGUGGCUCCUUCAAGAACUUUGGAACGGGGCCACAAAAUUUCGAAGAUUCAAAUAUUAAGAGCGAUUCAUGUGCUUGUAUUUAUAACAGCACUGGAUCUAAUGAUACGGUGGUUUACCAUGGCGGAGGUGGCCCACAAAACUUCCAGGAUGCAAGGAUUAACGGUGUAAAAGUGGAAUCCCCAUCCUCUCCUGGAUCGCCAACAACAAGCAGUGACAUCCACUGGAACUCGUAG